CUCCCCGGCCGGCGCUGUGUCUCCUGCGCUUCCAAGAUGAGCGGGCAGCGGCGAGGCGGCUGCCGGAACUCGCUGGUAUCUGACCAGCUUCCCUGGUUUUUGAUGCUAAAGCAGGAUUGUUUUAACUAAAGAUGGAAACACUGGAGUCGGAAUUGACCUGCCCAAUCUGCUUGGAGUUAUUCGAAGACCCUCUGUUGCUGCCGUGUGCUCACAGCCUGUGCUUCAGUUGUGCCCAUCGCAUCCUGGUGUCCAGCUGCUCCUCCAGCGAGUCAAUAGAGCCCAUCACAGCAUUCCAGUGCCCCACCUGCAGGUAUGUCAUCUCCCUUAACCACCGCGGCCUAGAGGGCCUCAAGCGGAAUGUGACCCUGCAGAACAUUAUAGAUCGCUUCCAAAAGGCUUCUCUGAGUGGCCCCAACUCCCCUAGCGAGAGCCGCCGAGAGAGAACAUACCGCAAGAGCCCUGCCAUGUCCAGUGAAAGGAUAGCAUGUCAGUUCUGUGAGCAGGACCCGCCGCGGGAUGCGGUGAAGACCUGCAUAACCUGCGAGGUGUCCUACUGUGACCGCUGCCUCCGGGCCACGCACCCUAACAAGAAGCCAUUCACCAGCCACCGCCUGGUGGAGCCCGUGCCGGACACACACUUCCGAGGACUCACUUGCUUGGAGCACGAGAAUGAGAAAGUGAACAUGUACUGUGUUGCGGAUGACCAGCUGAUCUGUGCCUUAUGCAAACUGGUGGGACGCCACCGGGACCACCAGGUGGCAUCACUGAGUGAUCGAUUUGAGAAGCUCAAGCAAACCCUGGAGACGAAUCUCACCAACCUGGUUAAACGCAAUAGCGAACUAGAAAACCAGAUGGCCAAGCUGAUACAGAUCUGCCAGCAGGUGGAGGUGAACACAGCCAUGCAUGAGGCCAAGCUGAUGGAGGAAUGUGAUGAGCUCAUGGAGAUCAUCCGGCAGCGCAAGCAAGUGAUUGCUGUCAAGAUCAAGGAGACGAAGGUUAUGAAGCUGAGGAAGCUGGCCCAGCAGGUAGCUAACUGUCGGCAGUGCCUGGAGCGCUCUACGGUCCUCAUCAAUCAAGCAGAACAUAUCCUGAAAGAGAAUGACCAUGCACGGUUCCUGCAGACUGCCAGGAAUGUGGCUGAGAGGGUCGCCAUGGCAACUGCAUCCUCUCAAGUGCUGAUACCAGAUAUCAAUUUUAACGAUGCCUUUGAAAACUUUGCUUUAGAUUUUUCCAGAGAAAAGAAACUGCUGGAGGGGCUGGAUUAUCUAACAGCACCCAAUCCACCAUCUGUCCGAGAGGAACUUUGUACAGCUUCCCAUGACACCAUUACAGUCCAUUGGAUCUCGGAGGAUGAGUUCAGUGUCAGCUCCUAUGAGCUCCAGUACACCAUCUUCACCGGCCAGGCCAACUUCAUCAGUCUGUAUAACUCCAUGGAUAGCUGGAUGAUUGUCCCUAACAUCAAACAGAACCACUACACCGUGCAUGGGCUCCAGAGUGGCACCAGAUACAUCUUCCUAGUCAAGGCCAUAAACCAAGCUGGCAGCCGGAACAGCGAACCUGCCAGGCUCAAGACAAACAGUCAGCCCUUUAAGUUGGAUCCCAAGAUGGCUCACAAGAAGCUGAAGCUCUCCAAUGAUGGGCUGCAGAUGGAAAAAGAUGAGAGCUCCUUGAAAAAGAGCCACACGCCUGAGAGGUUCAGCAGCACUGGAUGCUACGGAGCAGCAGGCAACAUAUUCAUUGACAGUGGGUGCCAUUACUGGGAAGUGAUGGUGGGAUCUUCAACCUGGUACGCCAUCGGCAUCGCCUAUAAAUCAGCCCCAAAGAAUGAGUGGAUUGGCAAGAACUCCUCGUCCUGGGUCUUCUCCCGCUGCAGCAGCAACUUUGUGGUGAGACACAACAACAAGGAAAUGCUGGUGGAUGUUCACCCACAGAUGAAGCGCCUGGGCAUCCUCCUGGAUUAUGACAACAACAUCCUGUCCUUCUAUGACCCGGCCAGUUCUCUCCAUCUCCAUACGUUCAACGUUUCCUUCAUCCUGCCGGUGUGUCCAACGUUUACUAUCUGGAACAAAUCUUUGAUGAUCCUGUCGGGUCUGCCUGCUCCAGAUUUCAUCGAUUACCCGGAGCAGCAGGAGUGUAACUGCCGACCGCAGGAGUCCCCGUAUGUAUCAGGGAUGAAAGCCUGCCACUAAGCAGCAGCCAGCCCCUGUCGUGCUCCACAGUGGAUCACAGGGAAUGUUUGUGGGGGCUUUUGAAAGCUGGAUAGGAAAGCAGACCCUGCCACCAGAGAAAUAACGCUCAGCGAGUGAGCACCUCCCACAGGAGUUUCAUUUUUAAGGGAAAAACAAAACUUUAAAAGCGAUUGAAAUAAACUCUGUGGCUAAACUCUGUGUGUGCGGGAAGGCGGCUUGAGAAACUCCUUUGUAGCGGGAUGGUUUUCCUGCAGCUGGACUGUCACACGGCUUGGUUGGGUGUGAGCGGAGGGGGAUGUGGGCAGGGUUUGUUCCGGGGCCCUCUAGGAGUGUGGGCGAGGGAGGGGAUCCUGGGCAGAGCAGGAUGUUGCCUGGUAGGGGCCAGCUUGAGCACCAACCGGCUCCACUGACCAUCGCCAUUCAGAUGGGGGGCUGCAAUCGGCUGCAUCUCAGGAAGGAUCCAUCACAUAAGCAGCGUGGCUUUCAGUGUCACCCAGACAGGUGGCUGCAGCCAACCAUCCAGAGCCAUUUAACUGUUUGCAGAUUGUGAAAGUGGAACCUCCUCUGAAAGAGCCAUCCAGCCGCGUCGCCUGUGGGGUGUGGCUAGAGUGUUUAGCUGACAGGGGCACGCACUUCUUCCCACUCGGGGGGAUGCUCAGACCUGAAAUCUGGCUCCAGUGCUCCUUUUUCUUCCGUUAUAACUGCUUCCUUUGGGAGGCCCUUUGUCAUUAUACAUCAGGGAGUCCCCAGCCAAGCCCAGCUCUGGCUGAUAUCUAUCUGUGCAAAAUGGAGCAAGCUGAGGUGUCUGUCCCCUCCAGUGCCCAUCUAGGGCCUGUGGAGAACACAGGCCCCAUCAUGCAAUGCUGCUUCUUGAGGCUGGGCUAGGUCAUGCUCCAUGGUAGAGAUGCGGCUGGCAAAAGGCUGCACUGGUUUAAUGUAGGCCAUUGGGAGUGGGGAAAGGGCCCAGUGUCACCUGGUGCUGCUGCUGCCGAGCAGGGGGAGUGGAAGCUGGCCAGACAGCACCAUCUCCAGAGAAGCAGGAGGGAGCCAGUGGGCCGUGAGGUGUAUGACUACUGUAGUGUACAAGGACUGUAUCCAUUAUUUAUGCCUCUGCACACAGCCCUGCUCAGAAUUCACUUUCUCCUCUAUAUGUUGUGUUGGUGUGAGGGUUAACUGGGGGCUACAAGGGAGUAAAUCCGGAAGACCAAAUAUGAGCGCUGAUAGCAAGCAGACAGCCUGGCCUGGCAAAGUCCGUCUAGCUCGUUCUCUGUCCCAUGCUGGCUGGUUCUUGGGGUCACCUCCGGAGUCAGUGCUGAGCUGUUCCUUUUACUCUGAAGUUAACCCAUGGGGCAGAGAUCAGAAUCCAGCCCCCAGGCCUUUAUGUUUGGGUAACUCUGACCCCCGUCAUGCAGAGACUUGCCCAAGGUUUUUGUUCCCCAUGAAUCCCAGCUGGUUUGACCCUCCCUGGCAGGCACCUUGUGUCAUCACUUAUGCUGCAACCGAGCAAGGGCAAGUUCUGCCAAUCCUGAGCUCUUCCCUUCCUGAUGCUGGGGGAGCAUGUUGCAUAGAUAGCUGUGAAUGACAACAGGAGCUGGGCAGGGGAGGACGGGCCUGCAUGUGUCAGAGGAACCGCAGGUCAUGAGGAGACAGUGCCCAAAGCACGCAGAAAGCUGCCUCGUGGGGCCUUUGAUCUGAUUUGGGAGAGGGAUAGGCAAUGUCUUAACUUCCAUAGGUGCAAAGGGAAUGUCAUCACCAGCAAGUGCGACUUACGAUGUCUCAGUUCCAGCUGCUUCUGCAGCCAUGGGCAGGUCUAGCCUAGGUUUGCAGACUUCCACACCAGAGCUGGUCCUGCUGCAGACCCUCAUUCCAUGCUGUGAACAUGGCUGUCUGAAUAUCAGUCUACUGGCUUUUAAAGUCUGGUUCUUUCACACAGCUGGUGCUGUUCUGCUGGGGACCCAGCAUCCAACCAGCUUUUAGAACUGGUGCUAACAAAACCUCUGAACCUUGGGAAGUCUCUCCUUUGGAACGAGAUUUGGCUCUUUUGCCCAGCCAAGCACCAGGCUGACAGUAUUGGCUAGUGCCGGUCCAGGGGCCAGGUUCAGUGUGUUCUUUGGAAUGUCCCUUCUGUUAGUCUCUCCUUGGUUUUGUUGCACGGGGCUGUGUGAUCCAGGACAGGAGAAGUUGCCCGACUGCCCUUGUGUGGGUUAAAACUCUGCUUAACUUUUCCUUGGAAGAGACCUCUGGACCUUGCUGAUCAGAAAUCUACCUCACAGCCCAGCCUCCGGGGAGCAGGUGGAUUGAUUGAUCCGGGGGUAGUCUUAGUGCAUGGGCUACUUAGUGUUAGGAUGGAGUUGGCAGAGCAUAGUUCACCUGGCUGGAGGAAGGUUCUUGCCUAGUUUCAGGAGUGGAGGUCAGAGAGAGCCUGGUUUGGCUCAGAUGGAGUGAACUGUGACGUGUGCACUGGACCGCUGGCUGCUGUAAAGUCCUGCUGCUAGGCUUUGAGGAUGCUGGUUUGGAGACAGGCAGCCUGUGGACCAAACCCAGCCCCUCUGCAUACAUCCCAGUAUUGCCCCUUGUGACUUGUCUGAGUUCACUUAAUGCCUCCUUCCUUCCUGCCGGCCCUCAG